GUGUAUUUGUCUCGCCUUCACAUUGUUCUGGUAACACUGUGGGAGGAUAGGUGCUGUACUGGUAUACUUGUUCAUGUACAAAAGUCGCUAGAGGACCUGUUCAUUUUAAUAACUAAUAGAACCGCCAGUCUCCACAAUGGCUUCAAGGUGGAAGGUUGUCGCCUGCGUUCUUGUCGUCCUCGGACUUUGUCAUAAUGCCUGGCCCUUCCCGCGGCACACGAGCUCCGCCGCCUUCUCCGAGGACCUGCAGCAGGAGAUCAGGACCGCCGUGCGCACGAGGAGGGCAGGACCCAUCAUGAAGGAGCUGGCCACACAACUGGAUUUAGGCGCCCUGAUGGUGGGCAAGCAGACGUGGGAAGCGCAGUCACCCAGAAACCUGCUCUUCUGCUCGACCUGCAACCUGGGCGUGGCCGAAAUCAUCAACGAGGUCAAUGCUGGAGUUGACCCUGAGGCUCUGGGUGACCUUAUCAUCGCCCUGUGUGUCGAUUUGGGAAUUUCGAACUACAAUUUCUGCGAACAUAUCAUUCACCUUGCAACUCCCGAACUCUACUGGAUCGUCACCCACCGCGAGCUGACCGGCAAGGACGUGUGUGGGAUGAUUUUCAUGCGAUAUGGCUGCAAAACGGACAAUCCUGAGCGUGUGUGGGAGGUCGCGCUGCCAGACACACCCAAGCCCCCUGUUACGCCGCCGACGGUGCCUGAGCCUGGUUCCCCGGUGAUGAAAGUGCUACACUUAGCAGACACACAUUUCGACCCUCUGUACAUGCCCGGAAGCAAUGCCGAGUGUGGAGAGAAAUUCUUCUGCUGUCGAGAGUCCAGCGGACCUCUUGACCGACCAGAAGCGGCAGCGGGGAAGUGGGGGGACUAUCGCAAUUGUGACGCUCCUAAGUGGCUUCUGCAGGCUAUGUACGAUCAUAUUGCCAACACACACACAGACCUCGAUUUCAUCAUCUGGACGGGCGACCUUGUUCCGCACAACGUCUGGAAUACAUCGAGACAAGAGAACGUGGAAGUGAUCAGGGAGACCGUGCAGAUGCUGCGAGAGAGCUUUCCGGCUGUGCCCGUCUUCCCAGCGCUGGGAAAUCACGAAUCAACCCCUGUGAACUCAUUCCCCCAGCCGUAUAUUGAGAACGAAUUCGACAUUUCUUGGCUGUACGACGAGAUGGCAACCCUUUGGGAGACGUGGCUGCCCCAGGAAACAACUACUACUGUGGUCUAUAAUGCUUGUUACUCUACUCUGGUCAAACCGGGACUCAGGGUCAUUUCCGUGAACUCCAACUACGGAUAUGGGUUUAACUGGUGGAUGCUAUACGAUGACAAGGACCCGGGUUCUGAGCUGCAGUGGAUGGCAGAACAGCUACAAUUAGCCGAAGAUAACAAUGAAAAAGUCUUUCUCAUAAGUCACAUUGCACCGGGAGACGUGGACUGCAUCAAAACGUGGGGUCAUCAAUACAACAAAAUCGUCGUGAGGUACGAAUCAACCAUCGCUGGCCUGUUCUACGCCCACACACACUACGACCACUACAUGGUGUUCUACGACCAUGAGCAGCCAGACCGUCCCGUUCACGUUGGCUAUGUUGCCCAGAGUCAAACGCCAUACCCCGAGCUCAACCCUGGGUAUAAAAUGUACAUUGUGGACGGGGAUUAUGAAGGGUCGUCUUAUCGUGUAUUGGAUCACGAAAACUGGAUAAUUGACCUUGACGAAGCAAACCAGAACGACUUUCCGAAUGUAACUUUACUCUAUACUGCCAAAGAGGCUUAUGGACUUUCUGAUCUUUCUCCAACUUCCUGGUCAAAUCUGGUGUUUGAAAUGAAUCAACCAAACAGCACUCUCUUUGAAGAUUUCUACAGGCACUACACAAAGGCAGCCAGACCCUACGCAGAGAAAGGAUGCGACGACAAAUGCAAAUCUGACACUCUCUGUCGCCUUCUUGUGUCAGACAACUCCGAUAUUUCACACUGUAACCUCCUUUAGUGUUCAUAUGUUAUUUAAUGGCGUUUUGUGCCAGACAUUCUUGACAAAUAUAUUAAAGAAAUGUUAUUUACAUAUAUUAUGUAUGUAGGCAGUUGUAUCAAAUAAGUGUGUGCCGAUGAUAAUGAAUAUUUAAACAGCA